AUGGGAGCGUGGUUUUGUACUGAUUCAAAAAAUGUCCUUAAAUCAGAGGGAGCAUUGCUUGAUUCUUCAUCACCAAAAAAAAAUCGUUAUAUUAGUGCACGAGCAACAUCUAUUAACGAUAUUGGUAAUAGUGGUACAAGUACAGGAAUUACAAAUUCUAUACGUAGAAAUGAGAUUAGAAUCGAUCAAACAAAUGUAUUGGUCGAAUCAAGUACUUCUACAAGAUUAUCAUCUGCAAAAACAACAGAUAAUAAAAAAGAAGGACGAAACAUAAUGCAACAAGAACAAAAAUCAGAAUCAUCACUUGCUGAACCUCAAUUUUAUGCACGAACAACAAAUACACCUACUACAAAAAAAUAUGGUUCCAGCUAUCAAAAAUCUAAAGAAAUACAUUCAUCACCAAUAGUUGAAGAUACAUUUCAUGAUGCUGUCGAUGAUCUUCAAAUCAAUAAAGACCAAAUAGCUGAUAUUAAAAAUAUGCCAACAAAAACCUAUACAGAUUGGAAUCCUUCCUAUAAAGAAGAGUAUAUAAAACGACCUAUAUCAAAUCAAGAAUUAUUGAUUGUUGAACCUGCAGAUGUUAAUAUUCAAAAAAAUGUUCCAUUAGAAAAUGAAAAAGCAACAUCAUCAUCCAAUACAAGUGUGUCUAAUGCAUUUCAAUGUCUUCAUCCAUUUGAUAUAGAAAAUGAAUUUCAAAAUGAAACAAUAAUAACAUCAUCAACACCAUCAUUGAUUCGUCCAUUAAAAUCUUCUAUUGAAAAAAUGCAAUAUGAUUUUGAUGAUAAUAAUGAUACUUCAACAUCAACAACAAAUCGCUCAAUACAUUUACCUAUUGAAAAACAACGUAGCCUUUCAGAAAUUAUUCGAAAACGUAAUAGUCGAUAUAAAGUUGAAGAUUAUAAACGUUCAUUUCAAAAAUGUAAUACAUUUGAUCAACAACAAUCAGAUUAUUAUGGAGCAUUACCAACAUCAAAAAGUGAUCAUGCUUUAUCAAAUAAUCAAACAUCAUUUUCGAAUAUAAAUCCCAAAGAAAUGAAACGUUUAACGAAAACAAAAUCCGUUGAUAUACCUACCGAAUAUAAUAAACGAACACAAAUAUCUAUCGAACAACUUGAACCAAAUAAUAAGAAUUUCGAACAAAAAAAUUCUAAUGAAAGCAACAAUGAAAUUAAUGACAAAAUGACUGUUGCUGCUAAAAGAAAUUUAUUUGAAGUAUUUUCAAAAGAUGUACAAUUAAGUCCUGGUUUAACACGUUCAAAAUCAUUUAAACAUGAGAAUACUUCUGUCCUAUCCAACGAUAUCAAAUCUCCAUUGUUAACAAAAACCUAUAAUGAUGAAAAACAACAACAACAACAACAGCAAUCUAAACCAGAAGAUAUAAUUCAAUCAGAAAUUGAUGACAUUUCAGUAGAACAUAAUACUGAUGUCUUUGGUGAUGAUACAUCAAAAUUAACAUUUAAAGAAAAAAUGAUUCUAUUUAAUAAAAAGAAAAGUAUGGGAAUCAUAUUGUCAUCUUCGUCAAAACCUAAUCGUAAUCGACUUACUCAGCCAAUAACUGCUGAAGAAGUUCAAGCAGCUGAAAAGCUAUCUCCUGAACCAUCAUCAGCAUCAAGUUCAAAACAAUUAACAGCAAAACCUCCUGUAAAUGAUAAAUUCCUAAUGCAUGACAAUUCUUUAUCAUUAUCAUUUAAUUCUUCAUUAGAAGAAAUUUUUUUUCCAAUAAAAUCGACCUUUCGAACAAAUGUUUUACAAGAAAAUCGUUUUGAUGAAGAGCAUGUUAAACAUUUAUCUAUGCACAAUAUUGACGAUACAAAUAUGUUAAGUCCGGAGGAAACAGAAAAUAUGAUACCGGUGAGCAAAAGACUCGAACAAUUAAAAACAUACGGUGAAAAUGAAUGGAAAAAACGUGUUAAAUCAAUAAAUGAUGCAAAUGAAUUUACUGUUGAAGGAAAACUUCGACAAGCAGGAAAAAUUUCUACACUUACAAAUGAGCAAGAACCAUUACCAACAAGUACACGUAAAACUCCAACAUUAAAAUAUAAUACAAAAAAAAACAAUACUGAUCAACAGCAACGUGCUAAAACUGUAGAUAUUAUCCGUCUUAAAACUGAAUCGAUCGUUAAAAACAAGGACACGAUUAAAACAGCUCCAUCAAAUAAUAAAAGCAAGGAAAUAACAUCGAAAAAAUCAAUCAAUAAUAAUAAUGUUAUUUCGGUUGUAAAAUCAGAUCGAAUAUCUGUAUUAAAACCUGAUGAUCAUCUUGAUGAUUUUUUUGCUGAUACAAAUAAAAAUUUAACUAAUCAACCAUCAGUUCAAUUAAAUACUGAUGAUCUUAAUCGUAUUGCUGAAAAUGCUGUCAGAUUACAAUCACAACCAGCUCGUGUUCGACCACCUCGUCGUCAACAACAGGGUACGAAAAAUCCUCUUCGUCAAAUUCAAGCAACAAUACCAACAGCUAAUGAAUAUACCGAAAUACACACAGAUCUGUCGGAACAAGAACUUCGUCGAUUAAAACGAGCUCAAAUUGCGGAAAAUGCUGGUCUUGCUCAAGAAGCUUUAGCUGCAUUAGCAGCAACAGAAAAUUUUGCUGAAAUUAAUUUGCGUAAAAUUGAUCGUUCAGCUGUAGCAACAUUUGGUUUUGAACCAUAUAAAGAUUUAAUGUUAAUGUUAAUAAAAGGACGUCGUCAUUGUUCAUUACGUCUUAUUAAUCCAACAUAUGAAUCAAUAAAUGAAGGUGAUUGUUAUUUAUUAAUAACACCAUCAAAAGUAUUUGCUUGGCUUGGUCGAUAUUCAAAUGCAUUAGAAAAAGCUAAAACAAUGGAUAUUAUGGAUUAUUUAAAACAACAUCGUGAUUUUGGUUUACGUAGUGAAGUUAAAUAUUUUAUAUUAGAUCAAGCAAAUGAUGAUACAGAAAAUGAUAUACAUGCAGAAUUUGGUGAUAUUUUACAUGGUCAUCAGGAUGAUUUUAAAACAAUUGAUUAUGUUAUGGAUGAUGAUUUUUAUGAAGCUAAUAUAAUGGAAUUAAAUCGUGUUUAUCGUUUAGAUAAUGAUAUGCUUAUACCAUUAGAUGAUUUUUGUUUUCGUUCAUUAUCAAUUAAAAUUCUUGAUUCAAAUGAUGUAUUUGUUUUUGAUUUUGGUUCAGAAGUCUAUAUUUGGAAUGGUAAAUAUGCUGAUAAAAAUAAACGUAAUAUGGGUUUACAAUUAGCACAACAAUUAUGGAAUGAUUCAUAUGAUUUUUCAGAAUGUUUAAUUAAUCCAUUUGAUCCACUCGAUGAUAAAAAUGAUCUUGCAACUCAAAAAGGUACUAAACGACCAAUAUGGUGUAUAUUUGGAAAACAAAAUCAAAAUGUUGAAACAUUAUUAUUUAAAGGUAAAUUUUAUGAUUGGCCUGGUGAUCUUAAAGAACUCAAACCGGUUAAUGAUGCUGCUAAUAGUGUUAAUCGAAUACCGUCAGCAAGACGACCACCAUCAAUUGUUGACAUGCUUAAACCAGCAGAUGUAGAUAAAAUGCUUAUUAAACAAGAUAAUCCAGUAAAUAUGGUAUUGGAACAAGCAAAUUUGGGUCGAGGAAAACAUUGGUAUGAUCCAAUUGAAUUACGUGGUCAUGAUGUUCAAACAAUAUCAUUAAUGGUUUGGCAUGUUAGUGAUAAUGAACGUUAUGAAUUAUCAAAAUCAAGUUAUGGACAAUUUCAUUCAGAUGAUGUUUAUAUUAUUCGAUGGCGAUAUAAAUUAGUUGCAUCAGGUUUUCAUUCAAUAGCAACAGGUAAAGCAUCUGUACGAAAGACAGAUACAGGUCGUGAUCGUGUUGCUUAUUUGAUAUGGCAAGGUGUUAAUGCAAGUCCUAAUGAAAAAGGUAUUUCAGCAUUAAUGACAGUUUUUUUCGAUGAAGAAAAAGGACCACAUAUUCAUGUUAUUCAAGAACAUGAAGAAGCAACAUUUUUACAAUUAUUUGAUGGUACAUUUACAAUACAUAUGGGUAAACGUAAUCAAUUAAAAGAAAAAAAAUUACAUUGGCAUCUAUAUGUAUGUCUUGGUGAAAUUGAUGUUGAAAAUCAUUGGUGGGAAUUAAAUAUUGAUAGUACAAAUUUACGUAGUCGAACAUCAUUUUUAUUAAUUAAUAAUGAUAAAAAUAUUAUGUUACUUUGGCAUGGUUGUGCAACAACAGAUGAACAAAAAUUUUUAGCAAAUCAAUCAGCUAUGAAAUUACGUGAAAGACGUCCAGAAGAAUUUCAUUUUAAUAGUGAACGUGAAGAUAUUGAAUUUCAUGAAAUACAAGAAGGUGAUGAAAUAGAUUUAUUUUGGAAUGCAAUCAAUGAACGAACACAUGAAAGAAAAUAUUAUUCUUUAUUGAAUGUUCGAUCACAUCAAAAAUUAACUGCAACAAUGCGUAUAUUUCAUUUAUCAAGUCUUCAUGGUCCAUUUGUUGCUCAAGAACUUGUUUAUCCUCUUCGAUCACCGGAUCAUAUAUCAGCAUUUCCAUUCACUCAAGCAGAUUUAUAUGAACUUCAUCAACCAGCAUUAUGUUUAAUUGAUACUGAUACAGAAUUAUAUAUAUGGCAAGGAUGGAAUGAUAUAUCUGAUGAUGAACUUGAUUUACAACUUUAUAAUGCAAAUAUACAAGCUGG